AUGGUCGAAAACUCACCCGCCUCUCAAGAUGACGACCCCGGCCCCGAGCCCGGCGGCGGCAUCUCUCCCGGGUUUGCAUCCGGCAGCGCUUCCGGAAGCACAACUCCCGAGAAUGCCGCAGUCACGCCUAACCCCGAUCCGGCCGAACAAUCGACUAGCAACGCCGAGGCCGCAGCUGCAGCCGCCCUGAAGAAGGAAAAAGGCCGUGUACGCUUCAAUAGCAGAGCGGCCGUGACCCAGCCCCCAACUUCACCACCACCCAACGCAACUCUGCCUGUUCCCACUCCGGCAAACCCGCCGAGACCGUCCAUCUUGCGAGGCAGUUCCGGAAGCUCUAUUCCCACUGUUGCAACACUUGCCCAGGACAACCCGCGUCCCUCGGUUGAUAGCGAGCGCCAGGAGGCCAAGUCUGCCGCUGCCGCUGCUCAGGAACGUGCACGCCAGGUUGCCGCAAACAUCCAGCUCGGAUCUCCUACCCGAGAGUUCCGAGUAUCCGUUGAAUCCGCCGGUACGACUACUGCAAGCGAGUAUGAACCGCCCAGCAGAGAGGGAGCCUACAUUCCCCUUCAAGACCUCAACUCUGACCAACCCUUGACCGGAAAGGCCAAAGAAGAGGAAGAGAAGCAUGAACACCAGGCACAACUCAACUCGGAAGCUUACCGAAUCGUCCGGGCCCACACUUGGCGUACUGCCGACAAGACUGAGAGCGAGGCCGGCCCGUCGAAUGCUCAAGAUGCUGAAAAGACUGAGCAAACCGACCACCUCCUCCCUGAAGUCAAUGACGGCAACUAUGACGGUGUUUACGUCGUCCCUCCGCCGAAGCAGUAUCGCGGCAGCGUCUUGUCUCAGCUUCUCAAGCUGUACAAGCCUGCAGAGGGUCCUGUGCAGCCGCCCAACAACCGCAACUCUGUCGCCUCUUUCUCUAAUUUCGGAGGACCUCUAUCAACCGGCACUCCUGGCUCCGAGUCCGGCACUACUACUCCCACCGGCACCGCAACUCCUAGCCGUAAGAAAUGGUACCAGGCCAACAGGUCCCAGGAGACCCUCGUCAACUUGAUUGAGGCUUCUGCACGCCUCGCCAACCCCAACCAGCAGGGCGAGGGCCCAGGAUCGCCAAAAGAUGGCAAGGCCGCGAAGAAGCAGCGUCCCAAACACAAGCGCACUACCAGCAACUCUCGCAUCAGCGCAUACCUUGCGAGAGAAGAGGAGGAAGCCAAGAUCACAGUUCACAUUGCAGAGACCCUCGCCCGUCAGGAGUACAUCAUCACUCUCUGCCGCGCGUUGAUGCUCUUUGGUGCUCCUACUCAUCGUCUGGAAGAGUAUCUCUCUACCACCGCCAAGGUCCUUGAGAUUGAUGGCCAAUUCUUGUAUCUUCCUGGCUGCAUGGUCAUCAGCUUCGACGACAGAUCUGUACACACGACUGAAGUUCGAAUGGUUCGCGCAGCACAGGGAAUCGACCUUGGCAAACUUCGCGACACCCACCAUGUCUACAAGGAAGUUAUCCACGACGUUGUCUCAGUGAACGAGGGAAUCGAACGCCUGGAUGCACUCAUCAAGUCCAAGGACAAGUUCCACGUCUGGAUCAGAGUCCUCGUCUUCGGCCUCACCAGUGUCACUGCUGCACCUUUCUCCUUCGGCGCCCGCCUUAUUGAUCUACCGCUCGCAUUCUGUUUCGGCUGCCUCGUCGGAUUCCUCCAGCUCAUAGUAGCUGCCCAAUCCAAGCUCUACAGCAAUGUUCUUGAGGUCACGGCAACCGUCCUGGUAAGUUUCUUGGCCCGAGCCUUCGGCAGCAUUAGAGGUGGAAACCUCUUCUGCUUCUCGGCAAUAGCCCAAGGAGGCAUCGUCAUGCUUCUACCAGGAUACAUGGUUUCCUACGGGCACCCAUUAGGACAUCUCGCGUGCCGCCGGUCGAUCGGUGCCAGGCUUCCAAGCAACCUGGUGCCAGACUCGAGCGUGCCAUCUCCAGCAAAAGCCAGCGCGGCUGCUAUCGUAGCGUCGCGCCGCCGCAGGAAACUGAGGACAGCCGCUGAUGGACCAGUGUGUUCCGCCCUCGAGCUCCAAUCCCGCGCCAUCGUCCCCGGAUCGAUCCGAAUCGUCUACGCCGUCAUAUACAGUCUCUUCCUCGGUUUCGGUAUCACCAUCGGCACUGCGAUAUACGGUCUCAUAGACGAAAACGCCGUUUCGACGACCACCUGCGAGAACCAGAUCCCCACCUACCUGACAUUCAUCUUCGUCCCCCUGUUCGUUGUCUGCAUUGCCAUCCUUUACCAAGCCAAAUGGCGACAAAUGCCCGUCAUGUUGGUCGUCGCUUUUGCAGGUUACAUGGUAAACUACUUCUCCGGUCUCAGAUUCAGCGCAGCUCCCCAGGUCGCCAACACCCUUGGCGCUCUUACCGUCGGAGUCCUCGCCAACCUCUACUCACGUGUCCGCCAUGGAGUCGCCGCCGCAACUCUCAUCCCUGCCAUCUUCACCCAGGUGCCAGGAGGUCUCGCAUCCACCGGCGGUCUUCUGAGCGGUCUAACUACAGCCAACAAAAUCACAAACUCGACGCACUCGGUCAACGGCACGAGCUCCGUCACGUACGACAGUACCGAGAUGAACUCGGUUGUCUUCAACGUCGCCGCAUCCAUGAUCCAGAUCGCCAUCGGCAUCGCCGUUGGCCUGUUCCUCAGCUCUCUUAUUAUCUACCCGCUCGGCAAGCGUCGCAGUGGUCUGUUUAGCUUCUAA